UUGUAUUUGUUUUUUCUCCUCCCAUUCUCUCCACCCAAAGUUCCGGGGGCUUCGACGAUGGUGAGACUGUGGGGUGACGGAAGUGGAUUAUGUGACUUGCAUACCUAGUACCAGAUGAUUGACCGUACCCACGGAAAGGAAAAGACAGGUUCGCCUACCAGUUGUCACAUAUUACCCCAAUUUUACCGACGAAGGGCCUCGUCCAUUGCCAAGGCCGCAUCACUUGAUCGCGGGCGUGCUUGGUGCGGUACGUACCUGGCUUUUUUUUUGGGGCAGGCGGCUCUGGUUGCCCAUCCGCGACAGAUCGACGCGUGCAACAAGCGAGUUAUGCUGUAG